CUCACAAACUUGGAAGCGCGCGGGCGCCGCGGAGCCAGAGCCCUAGCCGGAGCGAUGAAGAUGGUCGCGCCCUGGACGCGGUUCUACUCCAACAGCUGCUGCCUGUGCUGCCACGUGCGCACGGGCACCAUCCUGCUCGGCGUGUGGUACCUGAUCACCAAUGCUGUGGUGCUGCUGAUUUUGCUGAGUGCCCUGGCUGAUCCGGAUCAGUACCACUUCUCCGCUUCCGAACUCGGAGGGGACUUGGAGUUCAUGGACGAUGCCAACAUGUACAUUGCCAUUGCAAUUUCUCUCCUCAUGAUCCUGAUCUGUGCCAUGGCGACUUACGGAGCCUACAAGCAACACGCGGCCUGGAUCAUCCCGUUCUUCUGUUACCAGAUCUUCGACUUUGCCCUCAACGCUUUGGUUGCGGUCACCGUGCUUGUGUACCCGAACUCCAUUCAGGAGUACAUACGGCAGCUGCCUCCUAAUUUCCCCUACAGAGAUGAUGUCAUGUCGGUGAACCCUACCUGCUUGGUCCUUAUUAUUCUUCUGUUUAUCAGCAUUAUCUUGACAUUUAAGGGUUACUUGAUUAGCUGUGUUUGGAACUGCUACCGAUACAUCAAUGGCAGGAAUUCCUCCGAUGUCCUGGUCUAUGUCACCAGCAACGAUACCACGGUGCUGUUGCCUCCAUAUGAUGAUGCCACUGUGACUGGCACUGCCAAGGAGCCGCCACCACCCUACGUGUCAGCCUGAGCCCAAGGGGUCAUCCUGGAGCAGCGGCUGCUUCAUAGAUAUCAAGCAAUAGUUCCGAAUGUCUCUGAGAUGAGCUCUUGGAGCUCAGCUGUUGUCUAAUUGCCACAGUUUACAGUUUAGAUUUCACUGGAGGCCCUCUGUAGUUCAUGCAUACGCUUUAGCUAGAGUGCUGUGUAGCUGAGCUGUAGGAUUUGUAGGGGUGGGAGUGGGGUUAAUGGGCUCCCUUAGUCUUUCCCAAAAAACAUAGAUGGACCUUGAAUU